AUGGCGGCGGCGCCGCCCGCCCUCAGCUGGGCGCUGCCCCUGCUGGCGGCGCUGGCGGGCGCCGGCGGCCCCCAGAGCUUCGAGCUGCCAGGGGCCCCCAUCGACAACAUCGAGGUGAGCAGCGGCGGCGUGCUGGUGGCAGGCGGCAGCUGCCUCUACGAGCUGCGGCCCGAGCUGCGGCUCCGCCACCGCGUGGUGCCAGCGGCGGCGGGUCAGGUCUGCGGGGAGCCCCCCGGCAUGCGCAGCAACCUGCUGCUGCCCUACGUGGAGGCCGGCGGGAACGGUGUCCUGCUGGCUGGCUGGACCCAGAAGGAUGGCACUUGUGAGGUGUGGGAGCAGCCGGCCUACCGGCAGCGCUUCAACCGCAGCGAGGUGGUCAGCUGCCUGCCCGACGGCUCCACCGCUGGAGUCGUCUUCCAGCUGGCUGGCGCCUGGUACCUGGCAGUGGCGGCUACCUACUCGACUGGCAGCUAUGGGAACUAUCUGGGCUGCGAGCCCUCCCAGUCGGACAAGGCAACCGUCAUUACAGUGCGCAGCAUGAACAACCUGGAGUCCAAGGAGGAGCUGGGCAUCAUCAAGCGCAAGGACGAGCCUUUGCACUUUGUUGACGCUCUCCAGUGGGGGGACCACCUCUUCUUUCCCUACUAUACCUUGAAAGCCAGGGCAGGCAACAGCACGGAGCCACCGAGUAUGGCUGUCCUGCGCCAGCUGCGCCCCUCAGAGGGUGGCCUUACUUUGCAAGGGCAUGUGUAUUUGGACUGCGGGUGCAGGACUCUCAUUGUUUCCUCCAGCCUCGUCCGCCAGGGCGAGCGGGGCUGGUGGGUUGGUGUUUUCCUCUACAAACAGGACGCCAAGGCCUGGAAUGCCACUGCUGUGUGCAUCUUUGGGAUGGAGGAGAUGAAGGAGCAAGCCUGCGCAUCCACGCACUUUGUCAUGAAUGGGAAUAGUUGUGAGGCACGGUCAAUCAAGAAAUUACCUACCUUGAUUCACUCUGGUUUAGUGGCUGUUUAUGGUACGGUUGUUUUGAAUCAGAUAAUUCUCUUUUUGGGAACAGAUGAUGGACAGUUACUGAAGGCUAUUCUUAAUGAGGAUAUGGAAUCUAAUUGCCCAGAGAUUUUAUAUGAAAUUAAGGAAGAAACCUCCAUUUUCCCCAAACUUCGACUUGAUCCAGUAGAUAACAACUACAUCUAUCUGUCCUCUGCCAAUAAGGUGAGAAGAAUACCAGUUGCGAAUUGCGGUAGAUAUAUUUCCGAGCAAGAAUGCUUAUCUGUAAAGGAUCCGUACUGUGGGUGGUGUUCUUUGACUCAAAGGUGCACAUUGAAAGAAAAUUGUACUCAUUCGAACAGCAUAAAGGGUUGGUAUAAUAUUUCACAUGCACCUGAUAAAGAUCUGAAAAUCCAGCUAAGUUUCCCUGCCAGAUAUCAGGUUGCUAUGUCUGCAAGUAUAAACAAAAUCCUUACUUCCUGUAUGAUAAAGAUUAUAACACCUGCUGAAAUAUUUUACGAAAAUGUGAUACUGAAAAACUCAUCCUGUUUGUGCAAUCUGACCACUGUGGUGAUAACUGAUAAUGAUUGUCUUGUUAUCGAAGCAUCGCUGUCCUCAAGCUCUUGGAAUAUCACACAAACAUUUCAGUUGAAAAACUGCUUACAAUGUAUACACAAGGGUCAAUGUGACAGCUGUAAAUGGACGCGUGUCUCUCCUGCCACCACCUGCCAGGAUAGUUGUAAUGCAGCUGCUUCCAAGGGGAUCACCACUGCACAGAAAACAGAGCAUAUCAGCAUUCAUUCCAUUGAGCCUUUGUGGAUUUCUACAUUAGGCAAAAGUGAAAUAACAGUCAAAGGAGAAAACUUUACACGUGCAUCAGGCAUAAAACUGAUACUGACUGGAAUCACUGGCUGUAAAUCAGACAUCAUUAAAGUUAGAAAUGUGCUAAAUGAUACACAAAUGACAUUUGCUCUCCCACCAACACGUAAAGAGGCCAAAAGUAUAUGUAUACAGGCUAAUGGGAAAAAAUGUUCACCACCAAUGACCCUGCAUUAUGUUUCACCACCAUCAUGUCUUGCAAUCACACCAAAUACCUCUUGGAUCAGUGGUGGUCGUAAAAUUACUACAAUUGGUAGAAAUUUUAAUGUCGUGGACAGUGUGAUUAUUUCAGAUGACCAGAGAUCAAACCUCACUGUCUCUAGGUGUCCUGGAAAUGAAUCUGAAUAUCAUUACUUAACGCCAAGCCUGAGCCAUGCAACAGAGGGUAAAGUUGUCGAUAUGAUGUUAAAAGUGGAAACUACCUUUAUACCAUGUGUUAAAUUACACUAUCACCCUGACCCAGUGUUCAUUAACUACCAGCUGCACACUGAGCUCGAUCCUGAUCUGGAAUUGAAAAUAUAUAAAGAAAAUGACAACUUAAAUAUUUCUAAGACUGAGGUAGAAGUUUAUCUGUCAUAUGUGAAUGGUGCACAGACCAAAAAGAUAUGGUUCAGUGUCCAGAAUAUUACCAAAAAGCCAGACCGUAGCACCAUACUGUGCAAAUUCAAAAGGGAAGGAACAGACAAGAUUGACUUUUCCACAGUGAAAGUUUUUGUCAAAUUAGGAAAUUUUGAGCAUGAAGUCAAGCCAACAUCAUCACAUGUAUAUUUGUAUGUUCUGAUUUUGCUACCUAUUGUAGUGGGUGUCAUUAUAGCGGCAUUCAUAGUUACUAGAUACAAAUCCAAAGAGUUAACUCGUAAACAGAGUCAGCAACUGGAACUGCUGGAAUAUGAGAUUCGGAAGGAAAUACGUGAGGGAUUUGCUGAACUGCAGAUGGACGAAUUAGAUGUGGUGGAUAGCUUUGGAACUGUUCCAUUCCUCGACUACAAACACUUUGCUCUUAGAACUUUCUUUCCAGAGUCAGGAGGCUUUGCAUCCAUCUUCAGUGAAGACAUGCCACAGAGCAGAGACCAAACGAGCAAGGAUGAAAGCUUCAACAUGUUGCAUGCUUUAAUUUGUAACAAGAACUUUCUUGUUACUCUCAUUCACACCCUUGAAAAGCAGAAAAAUUUCUCUGUGAAAGACAGGUGCUUGUUUGCAUCCUUCUUGACCAUUGCACUGCAGACUAAGCUAGUUUAUCUAACCCAUAUUUUGGAAGUGUUGACAAAGGACUUGAUGGAGCAAUCAAGCAAUGUGCAGCCUAAGCUCUUGCUCAGAAGAACGGAAUCUGUGGUAGAAAAACUCCUGACAAACUGGAUGUCUGUCUGCCUUUCAGGAUUUCUCCGGGAGACAAUUGGUGAACCAUUCUAUUUGCUAGUGACAACCCUCAAUCAGAGGAUAAACAAAGGACCUGUUGACGCAAUAACUUGCAAAGCCCUCUACACCCUGAAUGAAGACUGGCUGCUGUGGCAAGUGUCCGAAUUCAAAACAGUGACAGUGAACAUUAUCUUUGAAAAAAACCCAGAAAAUGAGAGUGGAGAUGCCUGUCAGACAAUCCAAGUUAAUGUUCUGGACUGCGACACCAUUGGCCAAGCCAAGGAGAAGAGCCUUCAGGCUUUCCUUAAUAAGAAUGGCUUUCUCUAUGGUCUUCAGCUGGAUGAAAUUGGUCUUGAACUGGUGUCUGAGGAGCAGCAAAGAGAACUGUUAGAUAUUGAUGGUUCCUCUGAGGUGAUGGAGGAUGGGAUAAGAAAGCUAAAUACCAUCGGUCAUUACGAGAUUUCAAAUGGAGCAACCAUAAAAGUCUUUAAAAAGAAGGUGACUACCCGAUCAGAUGUGGACUACUCUGAUGAACACUGUCAUUUGAUUUUACCAGACUCCGAAGCAAACAAAGAUGUGAAAGGAGCAGGUCACAAGGGAAAGCAAAAAUUCAAAGUGAAAGAAAUGUACCUGACAAAGCUUCUGUCAACCAAGGUUGCAAUUCAUUCAGUUGUUGAAAAGCUCUUCAGGAGCAUUUGGAGUUUACCCAAUAAUAAAGCACCAGUUGCCAUCAAGUAUUUUUUUGACUUUCUGGAUGCCCAAGCUGAGAGCAAAAAAAUUACUGACCCUGAUGUGGUCCACAUAUGGAAAACCAACAGCCUUCCUCUUCGCUUCUGGGUGAACAUACUGAAGAAUCCCCAGUUUGUCUUUGAUAUUAAGAAGACUUCACAUAUAGAUGGCUGUUUGUCUGUAAUUGCACAAGCUUUCAUGGAUGCCUUUUCUCUAGCUGAACAGACACUGGGGAAGGAAGCACCAACAAAUAAGCUUCUCUACGCUAAGGACAUUCCACACUACAAGGAAGAAGUAAAAGCAUACUAUAAAGCCAUCAGGGAUCUGCCUCCACUGACCACUUCAGAGGUUGAAGAAUUUCUAACUCAGGAAUCUAAGAAACAUGAAAAUGAAUUUAAUGAGAAUGUGGCCUUGAAUGAAAUCUACAGAUACAUAGCGAAGUACCACGAGGAGAUUGACAGCAAACUCGAGCGAGAACGGGGGUUUGAAGAUGUCCAGAAACAGCUCCGGCAAGUAAAAGCCUUAUUCGAUGAAAAGAAAAAAUGCAAAUGGAUUUGAGCAGAGCUCUGACUCACAGCUGAGUCGCUGUGGGGGAUUUUAAAUAAGUGCUGCUGCUCCCAAAACUGUUCUGACUGACUCUAUGUACAGGGUUUGAAACAUAUGGACACUCUUCUCCACUCUGAUCAUUCCAAGUAAUACCUGCGUUUGGGAGAGAAGUACAGGCAGGGUUACAUAUUCAGACAUGGGCACAUGAAAGCAAAAGUGCAUCUAGAGUUGGCAGGGCCAACAUUUUUAGGUGUUUGAACACAAAUACAUACCUUUUGGUUCCAAAAUACUGCCUAAAUGAGCUUUCUGCUUACUUAAAAACAAGCUCAUAGAGGAUGUGCAACAUAUCCCAUGUGGACUUGUAAGUUGCUUAGCUCUUUUUUUUUGUAACAGAGAAAGCUGAUGUUUCACCACAUCCUCUUCAGCAGCCUUGACAAAAUGUGAGGAUGAGCUCUGGCUUCAGAAUACGGGUCAGCUGCAGUUUCCUUCCUUACAGACAAACGUACACUGGUUCCUGUUUGGGUGGGGGAAAACACCCCACACAAAACAGCACCAAAGUGACACUUCUAACAAGUAUGUUUAGCAGAAAAAGUAGGUCUGAGGUUUGAAGGGCAAAUGCUACAAGGCUGGACUUACCUUCCUUAAGUUAGGAAUUUCACAUCCAAAGUGAAGCAAACCACUGAGCCUGGGGAGAAGCUUUUGGAGCAAGGCACUAGCCCGGCAUCAGUCUGUGUUUACAUUUCUACCAUCCCAUCCUUAAACAAGCUGUGACACACUCAUGAGCAGCUUCACAUGUGCAACCUGUGUGCUGCUGCACCCACAUCAGGCCACCCCUGCCAUUUGAUGAGGCAGCUGAUGAGGGCUGCACUUUGGUGCACAAACCUGCAGCCGUGCUGACUAGGCAGUCUUGCCAUCUAUGUACAAGGGCCUCACAGAUCUAAAGCCAGCAUAUUUUUUUUCCAGGGCUUGUCAAAAAAAAAGUGUUAGUUUAAUAAUAUGUGAGACCCGGAGGGCUGGUGUAACCUCUGUGUAUGAGAAACAAAUAAUGAGAGCUGGGUUUGGGGAGGGGUGAUGGACUCUCUGCCUUAGUCCUGCUGGGGCGGUUUUGAGGCCUGGCCAGUUUAGAAGGUUAUCCAUUACAUUUGCAUUGGUAGCUAAAGCCACACCUGCUGGAGAGCAGGUGUGUGGCCAUGCUGCUGAGACGAGAUUGGUGCAGUGGCUACUGUGCAAAGCCACAGCAGCUCUGGCUCUGCUGCCACACCAGCACAGUUCUGCCCUCCACUAUGGAGCUGAAAUGGUUAGUUGCUGUGGGCUCUGCUCCAAUCACAGGGAGGUACAUAAGGCUACCACCUGCCCUUAGAUUUGAGGUAAGGUGUUAAUGAGCCAGAGCUACUGUUCCACAGUUCCCAGAGGGCUCCACCACUGGAGGUGAGUGGCAUAAUAGAGUGGUUCACAGGAGCAGGAAGAGCUGUCCCUGCCUUAGUGAGGCUCCUGCAGUAAACAUGGCCCAGGUGUAGUAUAGAAAGCCUGUGCUGGGCCAUGACCAGCUGGAGAUGCCUGUGUGGGGCUCCCAGGCAGUGGAGCCCUCAAACCAUUUCCUACUGUGCGCUGGUGCUCCAAAGCACAGAGGCUGCAGUAGAGCAGAACUGAAGCUGGCUGGUUCUGGUCUGAAGGCUUCCAGAGGCCAGGGCUGGGCCCAGUGCUGGUACACGCUAACCACGCUUUUGCAGAAGCAAGACCGCUGUGAACGUGGAAGACAAGGAAACACAAAACCACGCUGCCUACUGGUCUGCCCCUCCCUGUGACGUGAUUGCACAAGUUGUACCUCUUGCAUAUCAGAGAGGGCAGCCACCAACCCAUACUGUGAUGGCUUUUGUUUUUGUUUUUUAGUUUUAAAUUCAAGUCUUACACUUGCUGUUACGUUUACACUUUAUACUUGAUGGAAUGUAUGGCUUUGUUCAGGAAACUGCACUACGAUGUUGCAGUACUUUCAGCAGUUCUCUUCACUGCCUGGCACAGUAUAUUUGAUAAGUUUUCAUUUUAAUUAGAAAAAAAACACACCGCUCCUAACCCUAACCUAUCUUGCCCACUGUCCUAAAGGAAUGGCCCAUGGCUUGAGUAGCACUUAAGCUUAGAAUACCUGUACUUAAGGGCUUGAUUUUUAUCAUUCUUAACCUGUCACUUUAAAGCAGCAAAUAAAUAAAGCACAGUCAUUAAUAUUAAAGAAGGGGCAUGAGCACAUUAAUUACUCUUUCCAUUCAGCCUGAGGUUUCAGCAGUUCCCUUUCACCUCAGGUGUUUGCUGGCAGUGCAUUGGGAUGAACUGUGAUAGUUUUGUUCAACAGUAACUUUCUGUACAGGCAGAAAACUAAAACUCAACAUUUCUGCUUGGAAAAAAAAAAGAAAAAAGACAAAAAAAAAAGCUGUAAAAUAUAAUCUGUUUGCGUGGGUCUGAUCCUGUGAACUUCACUCUAUGUGUUUAUAUGAUGAGGGAACAAAAAUCAGUCUAUUCUGUAUUUGUACUACUGCUUGUUUGCUACAAUAGCUUUAAUAAUUUCUAGAGAUUAAGUAUGUGUUGAAGCAGGCCGUGUAGCUUUAGCCUACAGCCUGGAAUAGGAUUAUUGCCUUUUAUUCAAGCCUCCUCAACAGCGUCACUCUGUUAGUAAACCAUUUAAAGUCAUGCUGGGACUUUGUAACCCAUCAAGUGGAUCUCACGAAGUGAUGUGAAGUAUAAUGAAGUGAUUGUGGCUCUUUUCGGUAGGUUUGGGUCAGCACACAAAACAUUGGCACACCUUCCAUAUCCGCACCUUGCUCUUACUGCUACACAGACAAAAAAGAACGAUCUCUGAGUAAAGCUGUGUUAUGGCAACCUAACAGUUCUAACAUCAGUCUCUGAAAUGAAAGCAAACUUCUCUUCAACAUAUGUUCACAUGUUUACAGGCAAACUGGUAUGGCAAACAGCAUAUUUUCUAACACUAGCUUACAGAGCAUUACUUUGCAGUCAUCUAGUUUAAAGUCUUACUAAUGUGUAAAGUAAUUCUUGUUGUACAGAAGUUAACCUGUUGUUUAAAAUGAAUGGUUAAAAAAAGUGCAAAUGACAAAUACAUGUCAGUGUUUGUAUGGGUUUAUCUAGAAUAAAAUGUAUUUGGAGGUUA